AAAAAGUAGGUUGGGGGUGGGGUCGACGUAGGAACAUAUUUAUUAUAAUGCAAUAACCGACAAUGUGAGCUAAGCCGGUCGAGGAGGACGGGAGAGAGAAAAAAAAAGCUGAUGGUUCUAAUUGGAUUUUUCUGAGGCGAAAAAGUGGUACUGAAAAAGGCGGUGACUCGACAUUUACGUCCCCUUUUUGUAAUUGUAUGUUUGUGUUUUUUAAUAUUUAGGAAGGAAACAGAAAAGGAAGGAGGGAGGGUGGGGGAGAAUUCGUGCGGCCGUCACUCACGCUCGAUGGGGGAUUACGGGUUCGGUUUACUAGUGCAGACCAAUAAUACCAACAGUAAGGUAGCUUUUCCAGUCAGAUACCACCAGACUCCUCACCACCACCAUCACCAUCAUCACCAACAGCAGCAGAGCGCCUCCACUGCCGCCGGCUCGCCUUGGUUUUUUCCUGCCCCGGCUCCCCAGACCAUGCAGGAUGAGCUGCUGCUGUCGGAGAAAUCCAAAUCCCCACAGCAGCAGCAGCUCUCUCCCCGACUCGAUCAAGCCGCUCCUCCUGAUCUAGUCCUCCUACCCGACUCUCCCCAACCCGAAGAGGACAAUACGAGCGGUGGCGGCGGCAGCAGCAGCAGCAAAGAGAAGCUGAGGAUGGAGUCGCCCAUCCUGCCGGCUUUCGACUAUCACGAUCCGCCGCCUCCUCCUCCUCCAUCAUCUUCCUCGUCGUCCUCAUCGGGACUCGGAGGAGCGGGCACGGCGGGGACGCCCUCUCUCACCUCUUCUUCCUCUUCCUCCUCCUCCUCCUCCUCCACCUCCUCCUUGACCGGUUUCAGCAACUGGUCAGCAGCGAUGACUCCUCCUACCGUCGGCGAGGACAACUUCUUUCACCAGGGAGUCCCUGCUCCCUCCGCCAACGGGGCUCUGCUCUUCCAAAACUUCCCUCACCACGUCAGCUCGGGCUUCGGGGGCAGCUUCUCUCCUCAGAUGGCCCUGUCCCAGCACCACCAUGCCCCCCACCACCCACACCACCAUCACCAUCACCCUCCUCCACCUCCACCCCCACCACCUCCACCACCUCCACCUCCUCACCAGCAGCCGCCCCAGCAACAGCAGCACAGGAGGUCACCUGCCAGCCCGCACCCCGCUCCGUUUCCGCACAGAAAUGCUUUCAAUCAGCUGCCUCACUUGGCCAACAGCAUCAGUAAGCCCCCCUCCCCGUGGAACAGCUACCAAAGCCCGUCGCCCACGUCGUCCUCUUCGUCGUCUUGGAGCUCCGGUGGUGGGGUCGGUGUUUGGGGUGGAAGCCAAGGGAGAGAUCACCGCCGAGGGAUGACCGGUGGGAUGGCAGGCCUCAGCUCCAUCUCCCCAAUGAAGAAGCCUUUCCCCGGCAACCACAUCCCGGUGCACAAGUACUCGAGAUCCAGCUCGGCUUUCCCACCAAAGUCUUGGGUGGAAGAUAGUAUGUUGAGGAGUGAUAAUAUUUUACCGUUUCAGGAUCGAAAUAGAUUAUAUGACACUUUAAACAUGCAUUCACUGGAGAGUUCACUAAUUGACAUCAUGAGAGCGGAACAGGACCCACUAAAAGGUCGUCUAAACUACACACAUCCAGGAUCAGACAGUCCUCUUUCUAUUAAUGCAAGGACAUAUGGGCGAAGGCGAGGUCAUUCAUCACUUUUCCCUGUUGAAGAUGGGUUCCUUGAUGAUGGACGCGGUGAUCAAACUCUUCAUAGUGGCCUAAGUUCUCCUCAUUGUUUUCCUCAUCAAAAUGGUGAACGAGUGGAGCGAUAUUCCCGUAAAGUGUUUGUUGGUGGCUUGCCACCUGAUAUUGAUGAAGAUGAAAUCACAGCUAGCUUUCGUCGUUUUGGUUCGCUGGUUGUUGACUGGCCUCAUAAAGCAGAAAGCAAGUCAUACUUUCCACCAAAAGGCUAUGCAUUUCUGCUGUUUCAGGAGGAAGGUUCUGUGCAGGCUUUAAUUGAUGCUUGCAUUGAAGAGGACGCAAAGCUAUACCUCUGUGUAUCAAGUCCAACCAUCAAGGAUAAACCAGUUCAAAUACGACCAUGGAAUCUCAACGAUAGUGAUUUUGUAAUGGAUGGUUCGCAGCCACUGGAUCCACGGAAAACUAUUUUUGUAGGUGGUGUCCCCAGGCCUCUGAGAGCUGUGGAGCUGGCAAUGAUCAUGGAUAGGCUCUAUGGUGGAGUAUGCUAUGCUGGCAUUGACACAGAUCCUGAGUUGAAAUACCCAAAAGGUGCGGGGCGUGUGGCUUUUUCAAAUCAACAAAGCUACAUUGCUGCUAUCAGUGCUCGCUUUGUUCAGUUACAGCAUGGAGACAUUGAUAAACGGGUGGAAGUCAAGCCAUAUGUCCUUGAUGAUCAGCUGUGUGAUGAAUGCCAGGGUACCCGUUGUGGUGGGAAAUUUGCUCCAUUCUUCUGUGCCAAUGUCACAUGUCUGCAGUAUUACUGUGAAUACUGCUGGGCUGCCAUACAUUCUCGUGCUGGAAGAGAGUUCCACAAGCCACUCGUGAAAGAAGGAGGAGACCGUCCACGUCAAGUUCCUUUUCGUUGGAACUAAGCUAUUUAAACCUGUUUCUAGUGGCAAGAUUAGAGUGCUGUAUGGCUGCAGACACCAGAUUAGCUAGGAAACUAAAUAAGUGCAUUCUUCUACUGCCUCAUCCCAGAUUUCAAAAUGUAUGUCUCAAAUUUUCACUUCAAAAUAAUUUGGUUUAACUCUAGUUUCAAUGUUUUCUGUAACCAUUUACUGACUUGUGAUAACACUGGAUAUUUGAUCCUUAUCUUAAUGAAAUAAUACAGAUUCAGUCAAUGUGCAUGAUUGGUAGUUCUGGGUCAUGUGCUUGGACAGGUUGGUGCUGUACUUGAUGGGAAUGUCAUGUUGCAGAAACUGUGAUCGGGAACCAGUUUUAGUUGUAUAGACAGAAUCUAAAAUUAAUGUGAAGUUAUACUGCAGCCCUUCUAUGUUUGGGUUUUCAAUUAAAUUAUAUCUAAAGUAGGGGAACAGCACUAUGUAUUGUAUAAAAGUCUUAGAUUUGCCCUCCAACAAUAUGAAUCCCAAUUUCUUUUUCGAACUGUGUCUGUGUGCUUUUAAAAAUUGUUUCGAACACACUACAGGCUUCACUAACAGGUGUGGGGUAAAUGCUUUUGGUGCUUCCCUAUCAAUUCACCACUACCCCAAAAUACACAAUGUAAGAAAGGGAUUUAGAUUGCUGCUACAGUUGAAGUGUGCACUUAUUUCAGAAAUGAGAAACCACAAUUUGAAGAUCUGCUGCCCCUAAAAGUUUACCAAAGUUGUUGAGAUUGACACGUUUAAUUGUAGAGAGGCAUUUUCCUUGCUGGAAGAGAUUUUAUACCUUUAUUUUUUUGAUGUUGCUAUUUACAAAGUCGACUUGAUCUACUAAUAUAUUGUCAUGUGUCAGCUUUUGCUCUCCAUUUUGACACACAAAAAGUAAUACCUCAAUUGUAGCCUUGAUUUAUAUUUUUUUAUUUUUAGUGAUGCUGUUUAAUUGCAAGAGACAAUAGGAGCCUUGCUGCUGUUUAGAUGGUAUGACAAUUACCAUUUUUUUUCCAGUAAAAUGGGAAUUAGAAAUAACAAAGAAAAAGGCUACAAUGCAACACAACUAGAUGUAGCACAGGCUAUGGCUUCAGCUGCCUAAGAUUUUUUUUAUUUUUAUUUUUUAUGUGGAAUAGUAUGAAUGAUUGAAUGUUUACUUGUACACCUGUUUUGCAUGCACUAUAUAUUCAUACAUUUGCCCAUUAUCUACAGUACUUAUAUUCUGCCUAUAAAUCUUUUGUUUAUAAAGUUACAUUUUGAAAAUGUAAAUGGCAUACAACAAAGGAAACACAACACCAUUUGAGUGCCAAGGUGCAUGUUUGUGUUACUGUAGGUUAGCAUGUGGUGUCAUGACACUCUAAGUGUAUACUAUGCAGGUUGGCUUUAAGUGGUACUGCGCCCUUGCAAAGGCGACGUAGGUGCUGGACUGCAUUGAAGGAAUUAUCUCCUUGUGAUUAUUGCGUGAUUCAGCCAAAGGUCGUUAUGCAUUUGUGAUUUUCUUUUAUAUGUGAAAGGUUAUUGUUCCUUACUCUUGCUAUUUUUUCUGAUACAGCGCAUAGCAUCUUCAAACUCCUGCAAACCAAAGACUGGAUGAUUCACUGCAACCUGCUGACUUGUGACCCACAAGUAACACACUGAUAAUGGCAGUGAAACUCUUCCUUUGAAGUAAUAGGGUUUAAAUAACUAAACCAGGUCAAAAUGGAGGCAUUUGCUGUUAAAUGAUCAAGUUUAAAGAGUUUAAAUUUGAUCUGUGUUUUGACCACAGUGGUGAUAAACUAACAGCAGCAGAGAGUUGUGAGGAUGCUUAUCAUUUAGCUCGUCAGGGAUUUACUAUUAAAGUAAAGAAUAUGUAAUUCUUAGUGGCAAUCUUUAAGCUAUGGAAAGUGCUGGCUAUCAUCCUUUCUUGGUGUACUGGUGUGCUGUUGUGCCAUUCCUGCCCAACUCUGGUGUUUGUAGGUGUAGUGAAUUAACAUUUUUGAAAUUUGACACUGAAAGAUAACUUUUCUACUACUAGUUAACUCCCUUUUUAGGUAACAUUCUACCUUUGAACUUUUUGGUAUGUUGUUUCUCUAGUUGGCUUUUUGUUCUCCUUUUCUUUUUAUAUACAUAUGUCAACAUUUGUUAUGCACUACUUUUGUAAAUCUUGUUUUUUCCAAGUUAAUAUUUUUAAGCUCACUUUUUUCACUGGCAUCUCUUUUGCAAUACCUCGAUUUUUCAUAAUCUAAAAGAGAUUAAUAGUUUUUUCUACGUUUGUUAUUCUAAGAUUUGCACAUAUAUAGUUAAUUUAAUUGUGCAAAGAAAUGAGUUGAAGCAAUCAAUUUUGUUUCCAUUUCCUGUCCUUAUUUUCUUUUAACAUUUGAAGGCAAAGAGAACUUUGAAUAUCAUGAACAUUAGGGAUCAGCAAUGCUGUUGAUAAAACUGCAGAGUCUGAAAAUCCAUAGUCAUAGAAAAUAUAAUCCUCCCAUCACCAGGUGUUGGUGUUCAUAAGUGUAAAGUAAUAACACUGUAGGUAUUAGAACCUGGUUGCAAUAUCAGCCCAAUCCUCAUGGUUUAAAUGUGGAUUCUAGUUUCUUCCAAUGUACACUGUAUUUUCAGCUAAUAUUCUUUGAGAAUAAUUAUAUAGACUCCUUUUCAUGGUUCCUGUACCUAUGGUACAGUAACUGACCUGGCACAAAUUACAAGAGACACACACAACAAUUAGCAGUAAACUUUGACAUAUGGAUUCUUAGGUGUUUGAUGGUUAGAAAAAGAUUGACUGGUUUUUAAUGGACAAAACCAGUUUGAACUGCCAUCAAGUUACCUCAAUUCUCGAUAGUGUGCAAGGCUGAAAUGAUUAAGAAAAUAAAAGCAUGAGUGUAAACAAAAAAAUGUAAACUUCAAAACUUACUUGUUUAUUGUGUGUUGUAAAGUUGUUUACACAGGUUAAAUUUCAUUUCUCACUUGCCCAUAGCAUGGCAAAUAUAUCCUCAUACACAGACCUCUGCAGAAUGCAUGAUUUUAAAUCUGAUCUUGUGGUUCAAGAAGGAAAGGAUUUUAUGAAUGUCAUUGGAAGGACUUGAUAAUUUAUUCUUUGUGUCUGGAUUUUAAGAAUUUCUUACAAAGUUACAGAAGACUUGAAUGUGGUAAAUUGUGGAAAGUUUAUGUCAUAUUGUUAUGUGCAAUACUUUUUUUCUAACUUCUGAAAAAAAACUUUACAGUGUAAACCUUUAAUGCGAUUUUUUUUAAUUGCAAACAUUCAGAUUAAUAUGUUGUCCACAAUGUCAUUUUCUACUGUUAUUAUAUUCCCUUUUAUCUUACUGAUAUUUGUAAAUUCAGAAUAUGAUCUUUGUACUAAUAUAAAUAAUUGAAGUUAUUUUUAGAUAUGGACUAAAGGAAAAAUGUGCUUGUUUGCUUAUUUUUGUUACCUUACUUUAAAAAGUAGCAAAGACUACUUUUCUCAGCAGCAUUAUAAUAAUUGGGUCAGUAUCCUGUCCAGCAUUUUAUUUUUUGGUAUUUUAAAUUGAAAUGUAUAAUUAGUUUUUUAUCAUUUUGACCAUCAGAUUUUUUAUGUUGUAAUAUUUUUUGAAUGUGCAGCUUUUUUAAUAUUUUAAGAUGUCUAGUUUUUAUUGAAAGCUUAUGUAUUCAACACUGUAUGGCAAAUAUUCAUAAAAAGAAUAGUUAUUUGUGGAAGUCGGCCAUCAGUGGUGUGUCUCUGUGGCUGAAUUCUUUGUGUGCUUUUCACUGUUUGGGGAGGUUGUAGUGAUGAUUAACAAUUUUAAAUAAAGGAACUCAUUUUUAUUAA